UUGUAUAUUUAAUGUAGGAAGAAAAAACUAAAUUGUAGAAAAAAUACAAAAAAUUAAAAAUCUGAAAAUUACGGCAGUCUAAAACUUAUGAUUUUACGCUCUGUGAACCUGGCAUAACCCCUCGAGGCUACCAGAAUAGGGAGGCAAAAAAAUAUUGUAUUAUCAUUUAUGAAAUACAAACGUACAAUUCGUUCCUGUAGGUUAUUUAAGUUUCAGUGUUAAUAAACAUGUCAUCAAUUGAUUUCGAUCCAGCUAUAAAAUUAUGUUUAAAAUACUUACAUUCAAGUUCUGUAGAUUCUACGGAACAAUUGCGAUUGACUCUCGAUGAUCACAUCAGACAAUCAUAUGGUAGUGCAAAAACUCUUGGUAAUAUGUUACCGAAGAAAUAUCUUAACGAAGAGAAGAUGGAGUCACCUAGAUCCAAACACAAAAUAGAUAAGAAUGCAGUAACUAAGACGGUUCCUGUACCACAACAAAGUCCACAACAAAUUCAAAUACCUGAGAGAGAAAACGAUGAUGGUUCAGUUAUGGAUGGAGAAUUGGCUUUUGACUUGUUAGAGGAAGACUUGACUUGUGCUGUCUGUAGACAAAUAGCUGUGCAAGCCGGAAAUCGCUUAGUGGAGUGUGAUGGGUGCCGGGCACUGUACCAUCAGGAUUGUCAUAAGCCUGUGAUCAGUGACAAUGAUAUCGCUGCAGGUUGGCAAUGUGCAACCUGUCUUGCAGCACAUGGAUUUACAACUAAUUAUUCAAGUAAAACUUCAUCGAGCUCCAAGUCACCAUCAAGAGUGUCUGGUUCCACAACCCCUGUAAAAAUUUCAUCUAGCAGUUCAUCUUCAUCAUCACCAUCGAAAGUUGUUACUCCAAAUAUGAAUAUCAUUUCUGCAGACAAAAGGUUGCAGAUAAUGAAGAAGAAAGCUGCAAAACAACAUGAAAAGAAGAAAAGCUCUAAGUCGUAAUUACAUAUGUCGCUUAAGUGACAUUAAGUGUAAUUCUAUUGAUUAAUAAUGGUUAGAUUAAAAUUCCACAGCCAAGUAGGAGUGGGUGAUAUAAAUCGUAUAUAGAUUCAAUAUCUAUAUAUCGCAGCAAUAUCGUUGAAUCCGAUAUCGCCCCGCACGAAAUCUAUAUAUCGAUAUCAGCCGAUACACGAUAUUGCUCGAUGUGAUGCGCAUCGCCAUAUCGUACCGAUUCGUGAAUCGAAAUCUAUAUUUCGAUAUCAGCCGAUACACGAUAUUGCUCGAUGUGAUGCGCAUCGGCAUAUCGUACCGAUUCGUUAAUAUCAGCAAUAUUCGUUUGGUUCGUAUCGAAUCGGCCAGAGUGAGUGAGCGCACGAUAGGGAUAUCAUGUGAUGAAUGAAACAGAAACAGGCAUUAUCCAUACAAUUGUAAACCUUAUAUUUAAGUCCAUAUGUCUGUAGAUUAUUCUUAGCGUAUCAGCAGGAUACAAUUAAGGAAAGAAGUUUCAACUUUCGACCCUAACUUGAAUGCAGUAUAGCCUAUUUGCAUCGUUGAAUUUAAUUUCACGCGCUUUGACCUUGAACUAGAAUUUUUGGACAAGUGUUUAUAAAUACUUAAAAGUUUUUUGUGUUUGCUUUUUAAAGUAUACAUUUUUCUAUUUUUAGUUGAAUCCAAAUAAUUGAGUUUAUUUCUUGUGUUUGUAUUAAACUUUUGAAAUCUACACUCUUUUGGUAUAUUUUGUAAUUUUAAAUUAAGACACAAAAUACUAAAAACUGAAAAUAAUGUAGCCAGUCCUAAGCCUGGUAAACGUUGACUUAAAUCUAUAUCUACUACGAUAUUAUAUCAGCGUAUCGUUUCAAAUCUCAAAUAUCAUGAAUCGAGAAAAUCUACUAGCAUCCAUCAAUAUAUAGAUUCAGAAAAUAUAUAGAUUCAAUAUCCGAUAUUGAUCCUCGAUAUAUAGAUACGAUUCGAUACGCGGCAAAACCGAUAUUACCCACUCCUACAGCCAAGUACCAAUCUUUAAAAUUAAAUACGGUAAAAGCUCCUUAUUCGCGCUUCCUUCACAGGCGUUUUCACCAUUCACGGGUUUUAAAAUGCAACUCAGUUCCUAUAGUAUUUGCGGCUAAAGAUUUCUUUAUUUGCGGAUCUAAUCAGUACAAAGAUAGAUACACAAUGAUAAAAAGGAUUUCAAUAUGUGUAGGCCUUUAAUCGAAUAUAUUAUUAUAUCCUUGUUAACCCGACGUCAAAUGUACUAAUAAAAUAGUAAGAUAGAUCUUAAUAAAUCUACGCCUAAAGUAUGUUGUUAUGAUAUCGCUUUGACAAAAGCCGCUUUCGCCGGUUCGACGUUUUUGAGAAUGUAAACAAACAGAAUUAAAUCAACCUUAAAAUGCAUCGCAUAAAUUCUAUUUUUAAAUGCGGCUACGUGAGACGUUCCUUUUUUUGGUAAGAGUAGCGUUUUUUAUUGUUUCGUUUUUACGAUUCCAUAUUCACGGUUUCUUUAUUCGUGGCUUAUAUUCUUCUUCUUCUCAGUCGUUCACUCCUGGCGGAGUGGUCGUGGUUACGUAAGUCUUAAUAUUUGAUUGCGGUUUUUGAGAGACUUCUCCAUCUUUCUAUAUUUGUGGCGGUACGUGUACACUCAAUAAGGCAACACUUCGUAGAUAACUUAACCAAGUUUGUCCACCUUUUGGAUGAUAUACCCCGCGAAUAAAGAGCUUUUACUGUACAUACUUAACAAGUGGUCACAGUUUACUUACAUGAUAAAGUAAUACCAUCAUUGAACAAUGAAAUUUUACAGAAUUCGCAAACGUAUUAUCACUAUCCUGCUCAUUUUUGCCCUGAAUCAGUCACAUGUGGAUUAGACAAACAGUGGUAGGAUUGUAGUAGGACCAUUUUUGAGCCGUUAAGCAAAGUUAUCAGCGUUUGAGAAUCAUCUUGCUCGUAUAGCAAGUUGUUUGUAAGAUAAAAGUAUCUACUUUAUAACCAUAUUCAUAUAUUGUUAGUAAUAAAUAUAUAAUAUAUGUAAUUUAAAGAAAUAAAAUUGAAAAACUUU